CUGUGUUUCCUUGUUAGCCAGCGUCAGUACUAGUCAACAAAACAACCGUCCUACUUUCUUUUCUUCUUCUGUUUAGUCCUCUCUUCUCUUUCUUCUCUUUCUUCGGGAGUUUAAAAAAACUCUUUGCCCACCCCCAAAGACAUGGACGAGACGAGUCCGCUUGUCUCUCCGCUACGGGACUCUGGUGAUUUCAGCUACUGUCCCACAGAGCCCACCAGCCCGCGGGGCGCGUUUGGAGGCACACCGGGCUCCGUGGUGCGCAUCCCGGCCGGGAGUCCUGGGCGCAGCCGGGAGAGGCAGCCGCUGCUGGACCGGGACCGCGGGAGCUCGCCGCGGGAGCCGCACAGGAACGAGUUCCCGGAGGAUCCCGAGUUCAGAGAGAUCAUCCGAAAGGCCGAGCGAGCCAUAGAAGAGGGGAUCUACCCGGAGAGGAUCUACCAGGGAUCCAGUGGGAGCUAUUUUGUCAAAGACUCACAGGGGAAGAUUAUCGGCGUGUUCAAACCCAAAAAUGAAGAGCCUUAUGGCCAGCUGAACCCCAAGUGGACUAAGUGGCUCCAGAAACUUUGUUGCCCCUGCUGUUUUGGCCGCGACUGUUUGGUCCUGAACCAGGGUUACCUCUCAGAGGCCGGGGCCAGCCUGGUCGAUCAGAAACUGGAGCUCAACAUAGUUCCUAGGACCAAGGUGGUGUACCUGGCUAGUGAAACAUUUAACUACAGUGCCAUAGACAGGGUUAAGUCUCGAGGCAAAAGGCUAGCCCUGGAGAAGGUGCCUAAAGUGGGGCAGCGCUUCCACAGGAUUGGACUGCCACCAAAGGUUGGUUCCUUCCAGCUCUUUGUUGAUGGAUACAAGGAUGCAGAUUUCUGGCUGCGGAGGUUCGAAGCUGAGCCUUUGCCUGAAAACACUAAUCGUCAGCUCCAGCUGCAGUUUGAGCGGCUCGUAGUCCUUGACUACAUCAUCAGGAACACAGACAGGGGAAAUGACAACUGGCUGCUCAAGUACGACUGUCCAAUGGACCCAGUUGGGAACAGGGACACAGACUGGGUGGUAGUAAAGGAUCCCAUCAUUAAGCUGGCAGCUAUAGACAAUGGCCUCGCCUUCCCCCUCAAACACCCCGACUCCUGGAGAGCCUACCCCUUCUACUGGGCGUGGCUUUCCCAGGCAAAAGUCCCUUUCUCCCAGGAAAUCAGAGAGCUGGUUCUGCCCAAACUCUCUGACCCAAAUUUCAUCAAGGACCUGGAAGAGGACCUCUAUGAACUAUUCAAGAAAGACCCCGGUUUUGACAGAGGACAGUUUCACAGACAAGUAGCCGUAAUGAGGGGGCAGAUCUUGAACCUGUGCCAAGCCCUAAAGGAUGGUAAAACGCCCCUCCAGUUGGUCCAGAUGCCCCCAGUGAUUGUCGAGACAGCCAGAGCGCCUCAGAGAGCCAACAGUGAGUCCUACACACAGAGUUUUCAGAGCAGAAGACCGUUCUUCACCUGGUGGUAGGAACGGAGCAGCCAAGAGUUGAAGGAGGAACAGCGGGAAGCCGGAGUGGGGAAAGGAGUGAGCUGUGCGGUUGGAAGAGAGGGCAGAAUCCGAGAGUGCAGGAUUUCGCCCUGAAAAUGGAUAUUAUCAUCACCCCAUUCCCCCUCUCCUUAUGGAUAUUUUGGUUACAGAGAGUGGGUGAAUGGGUGGAGAGAUGAGGCCAAAAGAGGAAGAAUUUCACAACGUAUCUUCCCUGUUUGCCUCUGUGCCUUGUUUGGAUGUCACUGAAGAAUUAACGCCUAAAUGGUGACGGUUCUGUACCUUCCUGCGAGAGGAGAGAUUUCUGUUGGACUCCUGGGUGCACAUAAUGUUUGCUCACACACAUGCACACCAGUCCAAAACCUCUCAUACUUUUGUUUUUGGAUGGGAGGUGUUGCAUUCCAUGUAUUUUUUUUUUUUCUUCAUACCAGUCUGCCUUUUUAAUAUUCACCUGCGUAUUUCCUCGCAUGCAGUUAAAAGCACGGGGUGAAAGCAUCAAAGCCACUAGUGAAGAUCAGUGUUGUCAUUUUUAACAAACAAGAGAAGUGUUCAUUGUGAUAAAGUCUUAAAGAUUCAGGAACUGGGAAACUCAUGGGUGUCUUUACACAGUGAACACAAGCCACGUGAACUGGUUUCACAGUUACUCGUUGCUCCUAACUGUUUAGAUUAGGAUCUGCAAGUCAUCUGGGGUGAUGUUGAGGCACUUUUGGGGUUAAAAAAACAAACUGUUAAACUGAGAUUAGUAUGACUGGCUCACCUAAUUUGUCUCCUCACACUGAUGAGUUAAAUCAUUGGUGAAGAAGACAAAAUUAUCUUGUCC